AUGGCUUCAGUUUUCCUUUCAUCUAUAGUCAUCUUUCUGAGUGCUGUUUCAGCCAUAGAAUCAGCAGCUGCUGCGGAUGUUUUUCCAACCGGUGAACCAGUUCCGGUUCAUUUUUACCCCCUAAGUGUGCCACUUCCACCAAAACUAGGCCAUGUUCUGCCCACUGGUGAACCAGUUCCAGUUCAUUUUUACCCCUUAAGUGUGCCACUUGCACCAAAAAGCCAUGUUCCUACCAGUGUGCCACAUCCACCGACACAAGAACAUGUUAUACUCACUGGUGAAAACGGUCCAGUAGUUCCGGUUAAUCCAUUUCCUGCCAAUGAGCCACUUCCACCAACUCCAGAACAUGUUAUGCCAGAAAGUACUGUGCCACCUUCUACUCGUCAAGCUCUUCCAACAACAAACCAUGUUAUGCCUACUGGUGAACCAGUUCCAGUUCAUGCUAUUCCAGAAAGAACUGCGCCACCUUCUACAACACAAGCUUUUCCAACAACAAACCAUGUUAUGCUUACUGGUGAACCAGUUCCAGUUCAUGCUAUUCCAGAAAGAACUGCGCCACCUUCUACAAAACAAGCUUUUCCAACAACAAACCAUGUUAUACCUACUGGUGAAUCAGUUCCAGUUCAUGCUAUUCCAGAAAGAACUGCGCCACCUUCUACAAAACAAGCUUUUCCAACAACAAACCAUGUUAUACCUACUGGUGAACCAGUUCCAGUUCAUGCUAUUCCAGAAAGAACUGCGCCACCUUCUACAAAACAAGCUUUUCCAACAACAAACCAUGUUAUACCUACUGGUGAACCAGUUCCAGUUCAUGCUGGUCCAGAAAGUACUGUGCCACCUUCUACAGGUCAAGCUUUUCCAAGUUCUAGGAAGAUCAAGUAUUGA